AUGGCUCAGCGAUAUGCGGAAAAAUACGGUUUUGAUAAGAUGCCUAAAUAUACGCACGAUAACGCCAUCAUACCCACAGAACACAUUAUUAUGCCAAAGCCAGAUCCACGGUACAUUAUCAAGGAUUUAAAAGAUAUUGAUGAAGCUAAAGUGAUCACUUACGAUGCUGCGAUCAGCCAACGUAAGCGAGGGAAAUUCCUUACUACAUUCAUGACUGCUGGAGAAUGCUAUCCAAAGGUAGCCCUAAACGCUAAUGGCGAAGUGGUUGGACUCUCUUCCAUUCGCGUCGUGCCGCUUUGUGACAACACCCUUUCCAUAGGACCAUUUUAUACUGAUAAUGAGGCUGUUGCUAGAACUUUGCUAGCUGGGACUCUUUCUUCCAUACCAGACAUUAGACGAUUCAGCAAACUUGAAUCGUUGAUUCCAGCAUUCAACCAGAAAGCUAUAAGUUUCUUCAAAGAAGUUGGAGGAGGCAACACAAAGUUUGAGCCGUUCACCCAAUGUGCUUUCACAAAGAAAUUGCUGCCAACAGGGGACGAAAGGGUGUUUGGACUUCUU